CAAAGCAAACACUCCCAUCUACUAUAUAGAUAGAGCUUGCUGCACCAGCUUUACCAACUUGCACAGAAAAUACUGGGCUAAUAGUCUAUCUCUGAGGCAUUUUGGAAGAUAAUGAUGUUUAUCCGAAGCAUAAUAGUAGGAACACUCCUUGUCUGUUCACUUUGGAUAGAGACCACUGUUGCUGGUUCCAGCUUUUUGAGUCCAGAACAACCAAAGACGCAGCAGCGAAAAGUCUACCAGAAAUCUGUAACAAAAUUCCAUCGCCGAGAUGCAGAAGUGGCAUUGGAUGUCCAUGGAAAUGAGGUUAAGGAAAACAGGAAUGAAAUGGAAAUAAAGUUUACCGUUCCCUUUGAAAUCGGCAUGAAAAUCUCAGAAGCUCAGUACAAAGAGUGUGAGCAAAUGCUGGAGAAAUUUCUGGAAGACAUACUGGCGGAGGACAAUAAAGGUAAAAUGUUCUAA